AUGUCCAAGGACCUUAACCUCAAUCAAGGCGUCCCUUCAUUACAUGGGAACAGGGCAGUGCUAGAAGACAGUGAGUCCAGGGAUAAACCAGAGGCCACUGUAAUCCCCGUACCUGACCACGCGUCUGGCCGGUUUCCAUGGCAACAGGUGGUGGUUGGGGCCAACGGCCUGGGCAGCGCAUGGCCAUCAGGUCGAACUAAAGGUGGUAAAUUGAGAUCUGCAAGCAUAAUUACAAUUGAGAGCUUACCAUGGGAAGUUCUACAGCAAAUCUUUUCCUACUUGGAUAUAUCAUCCUUAUUGUGUGCAGGCUGUGUGAGCAAGUCCUUCUAUCAGGUAGCUAAUGACAAUUUAAUUUGGCACAGAAUCUACUGCAGGUAUUUUGCAUGUAAGCGAAAUGCCUGGAAGCCCAAGGGUGUAGCCAUAGCUACUGAGAAACUAAGCAGAAUUACAAUCCAGGACUGUCCAACAGGAUUCUGGAAAAAAGAGUACAUAUCCAAAUGUGCAGGUCUGGGCACAAGAAGAGUGGGGCAGUUGUUGAAAUCCAUCAACCGUUAUACAGGAUUGCCAUCCAAGUACAAAGAAGCUGUGAAAGCUCUUGGAAUUACUUGGAUAAUAGUUCUUCGAGAAAGAAAUGGGAAAGAACAUGUCAAGGAGCAAAGUAAGGCCUACUUCAAUGACACGUCUGCUACUUUAUGCUGGAACAGUACAGUUUGGCCAUCUCUUACUAGUCUGAAAGCACUCUAUGUGUAUGGAGUCACACCUUUGUUUCAUCUAAGCAAAACUCUUGCAAUAAAUGGGCCUCGCCGGCGAUCUCUAUUUGCGGAAUAUGAUCUCACAAAUCUGGAAAAAUUGAGUACGUAUGUAGGUGGAGACAAGCUCAUCAAGCUGCAGUGCUUAUACCCUGGCAUGUUGUUGGGAUGUUGGCAAGAAGAUGGAGAAUUGGCAGUUAUCAUUGCAAGUUUUCACUGCCAUCAGCUCAUUGAGAAGAGUACUUUCGGAUCAGUCACUUGCCAAUAUUCGCCACCACCUCAUGAGCCAGUGUUGGAUGAUAUUGAUCCAGAAUAUGGGCUGCAUGGCUACCAUUGCCACAUUGCCUUACAUAAUGGAAAAAGUUGUUUCAUGUCUGGUAGUUUCCAUAACAUCUUCUGUAGAAAAGAGUUCAUCCAGAAUGGCUUUUUGCAAAUAACAGUUAUCAGUUCAAAUAAAGAAUCACAGCACAGCACCAUCAGUGGAAAUCUCUACUUACCUUGGAAUGUAGAAUCCCUAAAAGGAAGUAUACAGCACUGUUGCUUAAUGGAUGUGACUGUUCUGGAUGAAGCAGAAAAACCAUUUUGGAGUGUAAGCUCGCCAGUAGCUCUGCACUCAGUUAGUACAUCUACUAUAAGAUAUAGUUACCUGGGCGAGAGACAGGCAAUUGAUUACGAGGAUCCAGAAGGAAAAGUUCAUAUAGAGCUAAUGUGGUUGGAAGAAGAACAACAAUAUUACAUUGUCAACCUUGUCCUUUAUUUUAUUGUUAAAAAAAUAAAUGCCUGGUUUGCAACAAAUUACUAA